UUCAGAUCAUUAGCCGGGUGGGGUGGUUCAGCCCAUAUAUUCCUAGAGUCUUACAUCUAUUCGAUCCACUCAUCGUCUCAAAUUAAUCCAUCGGGACAUCCGCCAUGGCGACCCUCCUCCAGAAGUUGGUGGACGCCGACCAGUGGGAAGCCGAGGACAUAGUCGGCCGGCUGGGCAUGGUCAUGCAUCGCGCCUUCCUCUUCAUUGGCUUCCAACCCUACGGCGCCCAGCCACCCUCGGGUCUCCUCCUGAAGCGAGCAGGUGAGGCAGGCUCGCUGUGUCUCUCCCGUUGGUACACGGUGCCGCAGCUGGCGCACCGCAAGGGCGCGGAUGCCGCCGUGCUGAUGCUAUGCGCGCAGGGGAGCAACAUCGCGCUCCUCAUGUUCCUCACGACGGACUGCCAUCUGCGGAGCGUGUACCGGGAGCGCCUGGACAAGGCCACCGUCACGCCGCUCCUCUCCCGCGCCUUGGGUGCCACGGAGCCCUGGGUGUCGCGGAUCUGCUGGACGCUCGCCAACGGCGUGUGCUGGGACCUCCUCGUCGGGCUGUGCCGCAGGAACGGCCUGCCGCUGACCAGUUUCAUGUCCAUGCCUGAUGACAUCAAGGCGGAAAUCUUGAAGAGGCUCACUGACGGCGAGGACCUCGCGACGGUGGAGUGCACCUGCAGGCAGCUGAGGCGCCUGGUGGCAGAGCGUGAUGGCGAGCUGUGGAAGCCCAUGUACGAGGCCCUGAGAGUGCGCCGGCGCUGGCCCUGGUGGCGCCUUUCGUUUCUCCUCGACUCCGAGAGCUCUGACUCCGAGACCAAGGAGGUUCUCAGCUGGAAGGAGAAGUACGUGGAGGCUAGGCCGCGUCCCUGGCCCAGGAUCCGGCGCCGGUUGUUCGUUGCACCGAUUCUUUGGACGGACUUCGAAUUCUCAUGCCCACUGGACGGGUUGCAACAAGAUCCGCAGGAGCAGGAGACGGUUUCAACAAGGGGCGAGAGCACACGAGUUCACCGCCAGAAGGUGGCAAGGGACGACUGCAAGAAGAAGCGGCACGCCGCCGGUGCGAUCCACUCGCCGUCCUCUCGCUACCGAUGGAAGCAUCGGUGAUCAUGAACUGAUCAUAUGUAAGCAUAGUCAACGAUCGUCGAUGCAUUUGUUUGCUUCAAAAUUUCAAUCGUGGACCGAUCAGAUCAUAAUCUAUAUUGAUCAUCCCCACUAACUGUAAUCAAUUCCUCUAAAGCUUACCCCACGUCGAGCCACAUCCAUUGCAGGUCUCUCUCCCCUCCUUCUCACCACUCUCUUUCUGCAGCUUCUUGGUCCUACCUGAGUGCUGGUCCGCAAAUAUGUAUCUGAUUUCGUACGGUUUCCAGUACGUUUUCUCAUGAUUCACUCCAUCCCCGA